AUGGAUGUUGUGAUUGAUAGUCGGGAUUCAGUGAGUAAUCUCGAUCAGUCCCGUUGGGGCAUAAAUCUAGACAAUUUACUGAAUGAUUCAGACGGUGUGGAAUUUUUCAACAAAUUUCUUUCCUAUAAACAUUCUGCAAGUCAUCUUCUUGAUUUCUGGUUUGCCUGCAAGGGCUUCCGGUCAAAUGCUGACUUGUCCAAUCCUGACAAGCUUUUCCAAGUCGCUAAAGUUAUUUAUAGGACUUAUAUAAAGUCAGGUGCUUCACAUGCAGUUCCGCUUCCUUAUAUUUUAAAACAAAACAUUAAUGAGUGCCUGUCGUCCUACCAUCAUGGGUACAAAAACGGCCUCUCUUCCAAUGCUUCUGUACAACCCCCUGAUCGGUGUCUGUUUGACUCAGCACAGAGUGUUGUAAAAAGUCUUCUGGAGCAAAAAUAUUAUCCCGAGUUCCUUACCUUCAUCUCAUGUCCCAGCAAUUUAUUAUGUAUAACUUCAAGUGGACCACUCUGUUCUGACAGAAAAACACGAAACAAGUACCUCGAGUUUCUUUAUUCAGACUAUAAACUGGAAAGUCGUCGAUCAAAUCGCACUAAGCACAAGUCAUUUUCUGAAUACAAUAGGUUUUCUGCUGAUCAAUCUCCUGGCGCCAAGAAUUUUCAUCCCUUAUUCACUCCAGAUUAUAACCUUGCCAGUAAUAAUAAUAAUAAUUGUAAUAUACCUUCGACUUCGGAACAAAUUUCUGCAAAUCCUUUUGUUCGACUAACUACCAGUUGGACAUCUUCAUCAAUCCAAUCACCAAUUAUUCAUUCUGCACAACCUGAUUUUCACUAUGAUAAGUCAAGUAAAUCACAUCAUCACCAUCGAUCAACUAGUCGUCAUCAAUUCUUUAAUAUUCACGAUCAUCCACUACUUGGUAAUAUUACUAAAAUGCCUGCAACAGCGAAUGAUUCCAUAUUAACUGAUAGUCAUCUACAACAAGUAGACAAUCAUGCAAAAGAUACAACCAGUUCAAAACGACAACAUGAUAACAGCAACAUUUAUGACAGUCAAUCACAAUUCACAAAUCAACCGUGUUUUAUGAAUAAUAAUAAUAAUAGUAGUAUUAGUAAUAGUAAUAAUAAUUCACAACCUGCAAACGGCUCAAGUCAAUUAUUAACACAAGCACCUAUUACAUCUUCAUCAGUAAUAACAAUGCAGUCAGUGAAUUCAACAUCAAAUAAUGCUGAUUUACCAUAUAUGCAUUCAAUUAAUUUACGGCAAACACAUCAAUCGGAUAACGUUAUAAAAGAGUCUAAUACUACUACUACUACUAAUAAUAAUGAUAAUAAUCUUCCCAAAAUAAACUGGACAAUAAGAAAACAAACAAAUUUAGCUGAAUCAGAUCCAGUUUCAUUUGUUCAGUUAUUAACAGAUCGAUUAGAGAAAAUAAAAGAAUCACGUGGUAAAUUAGAAAAAUUAAUGUCACUUGUUAAUCAUCAGGUUGACGAAAAACAUCCAACAGAGUCUAAAAGUACUCUACCAAUAGGACAAACUGAUCCACAUGAAUUCAUUUCUGUCAAUCAACAUAAUGCAUCACAUCAUUUAGAUCAUUCAAAUUGGUCACAAUUAAAAUCUAAUUCAUUCAUAAAUACUACUAAUAGUAUAAUGAAUGAAACAAAUUCUUCAACUAUUCAACAACAUACAUUAAAUUAUCCUCAUAAUUCUACAUUGAUUAUGAAUACUGGAUCUCAAUUAUUGAAUGGUGUUAAUAAAUUUCAAGAUGCUCAAGAAAUAUUAGAUGAUCAUUGUUCACGAAUUUGGGCAGAUGAAUCCGAUGUGAAUAUAGAUACACAAUUAUUAUUAUCAUAUUCCAAAAGACAACAAAAUGAUUUAAUGCAUACACCAAUAUCUAGUCAACCUUUAUUAAUGACACCAUAUCCUUCAAUGUUAUGUGAUACACUUGUGAAUUCAAUGAAGCAUAAUACAACUGGUAUUGUACGCAGUGGAUCUAAUGUUACAGAGUAUGAACUGAAAAAAUUAAUGGAAAAAAGUAAACUUGCUACAGUAGUUGUUUCGUCUACAGACUCUUCUUUUUUAUCUUCAAAUGAUAAUAAUAAUAAUAGGACAGAAAUAUCGGAUAAUUCUCAUCGGAGACGACAUAUUACUGCUUCUGGUGGUAAUGUGACUUAUCGAAGUUUCAGUCGACCUAAUAAAGCUGAUCUACGGUCUAUCGCUUCAUGGGAUAGUGGUGUUGUAAGUAAUUAUUAUGAAAAAAAGCAUCGAUUACAUCAUCAUCAUCAUCGUGAUGAUUUAGAUAUUAUGGAUGAUACAGUAGACACUGUAUCAAUUUUAGAAGCGGCUAGUUUGCAAGCUUUAUCAUCAUCAACUACAGAGUUAGCUCUUGUCAAUGGUGAAGUAACUGCUAAACUAGUUGAGAAAAUUAUACGUCAUUAUCCACGUGGAAUAUUCGAUGGUGACGAUGAUUAUGUUAGAAAGAAUCAUACAAAUACAAGUGAAAAGUCAUAUUUCAAAUCAAGUCAAUUCAAAGAAACCUCAACUUUGGAUCAUGCAUAUCCAUUUAGUAGUAGUAGGUUGAGAAGAAGAAGUAAACAGUGUGAGUCUUUUUACGAAUCACCGUCAUCAUCAUUAUCUUACCCAAUCCCUGGUGUUAAUUUGAAUUCUACAUGCUCUGCUAACAAUACUACCACUGCUACUACUGGUACCUGUCAACAACACCCUGGCAUAAUGAUCCCACAUGAAUGUCAUCGUUGUAUCCAUUGUACACAUUCACCAUCAGCAUUAAAUGAUCAUUUAUCAGCAAACUAUUGUAAUUGUAAUUAUAUUCAUCAAUUAAAUGAUAAACCUCAACAUUCUACUACUUGUCAUAGUCAACAAUUGCCCAUUAUUACUGCUUCAGAUACAUCGAGUACUUUUGACUCAGGAAUAUCAUCUGCAUACGAUCAACUACCUUUAAGAAAACAAGUAAACAACAAUAGAGAAAAUCGAAGCCAGAGCCUUCACAGUUGGCAAACAAAUCCUAACUUCAAGGAUAAACAUCUUUCCACUCUACGAGGAAACCGUACCCAUUCUGCGUCAAAAUCCAUGUACGACAAUAAUAAUAAUAAUAAUAAUAAUAAUAAUAAUAAUAAUAAUAGUGUCACUACUGCUUAUACACGUGAGUGCCCUCUAACAAACUGCCUCAUUUCAUCGUGUUAUGAAUUUGAUUCGAAACAGACAACACCUGGACAACAGUUUAGUCAACAUACUAUGAAUGAUUUACACUUAUGUGAUUCAUGUUCUUCAGCACAUCAUAAUUAUCAUAACAUUCGUCAUCAUUAUCGUCAUUCUCAUUUUCUUCACCAUCAUUCUAACUGUCCAGAAUUGAUGAUCAAUGAUUUGAAUUAUAAAUAUGGUAAGUUAUGA